AUGAAUGCCAACUUUGACGAGGAGCCCGUUUGGAUUACCAACGACGAUGCCCUAUCAGAGACAUCGGAUAUAUCAGACUUCAAAGAGCCGAUCGAGUUCCCCGAACCGCCAGCCCCGGAAAGACCCAAAUGUGGAGAAAUUCUUCGAAUGACUCGUCCCGAAAGUCGGGCCACAGACAUGGAGGGCUCAUGCCUAUUCUGGUUCAAACCUAGAAUUUCUUUUCAACUACGACAAGGUCCUUCUUGGAAUCAAAGUUCCACCUGUUCAGUCUUCAAUAUCUGGUGUCCACCAUCAUAUAUCGGUGCCACCCUUACGCAGCUAGGACCGAACCCGGUGAAGCUAAACAACAACGAUCUCAUUGUCACCAGUUCCGACGAGGAUUUUGAGACGCUCAAGUCUAGUGACACGGAAACUAUCCCUCUUGUAGAGGGAAAUGUCGUCGCCGCUAUUGAUAUCGAUCGCCCGGGCUACUUUUGCUGCUCUGUAUGCUUCUCAUACCGUGGAAGAGUGAUCCUGGCCAACGGCGAGCGCUGGAAAUUCAACGAAAUCGACAUCGACUACCAUCAUUUUACGCGUGAAUACGAUCCAGAUAACUCCUAUAGUAAAGCUGAUGGGAAGAGUCUUGUGUGGAUGUUCUACCAUAGCUCGAGACCGGAACUGACGAACGGCGUCCCCGACGAUCUGCCCUUCGCUAUGGAUCUCGAUACCCGGAUUUGUCGAGUGAAAAGGUCUUCCAACUGCGCCGAUCCCUGUCCGGAUGGGGGUCCCGUUCUGGCAGUGAUGAACCGAAAUGGUAUCGUUUGCUGUGAGGAUCUUGAGAAGAAUACGGAGAUCGAUACGGAUAAUAUUCGGGGAUUGGUCUUGAUGACUGCUUUGGCGGUUGCGCGAUAUGAGAGAUGGCUCCAAGUGUAA